AUGGCUGUUCAGAGCAUGAUCAACCCGGGGCUCGUGCAGACCCUGCACUUCGGAGGGUGCAUGGGUGGAGAAGAGGGCAUGAAAGCCCUAGCAAACGUGCUCCUGAAAUGCGAGAAGCUGAGCGACUUCCAGUUGUCGGACACGGAGGUCGACGCUACGAGCGUCAUCAACUCUCUGGCGUCGAGCGCGUCGGUGUCGAAUGGCCUCCUCGAAUGUUUGGCCUUCUACGGCAACAGCGUGAACGGGGACGAGCUCGCCAAGGUGAUCAAGACGAAGGAGGACGGCACUGAACACGUUCAGAACGCGCUCGUCGCGCUCGCGUCGUCUUCCCCGAAGAUGAUGUCGCUCAACCUCGGCGGGUGCGGCUUCGACGUGUGCCUGUCCUUUCGAGGCAAAACAAUUGGGCCAAAUGCAUACCCUUUGUUCUUCUCCGGCGUCAAGUGUUGA